UCAUAGUAUUUAACUCACCUAUUUCUAAUCAAAUCCAAAACUUAUCUAUAUUACUAAGUUGUCUAUGCCCCUUUACUGUCAAUAUUUCUGUCAAACUCCAGUAGGUUGAGACAAAAUAAACAAAUAAAUAAAUUAAUAAACCCAAACCCUAAAGUAGGUAAUGUAUAUUCUAACGUUAUAUGAACUUGAGGGUCCAAAGAAAUAAGAUCCUCAAACAAGAUUAUCGGACCUUUGAUCGGGAUGACCUCCGUUUUUCAAGUGACCCUAGAUCGCUGAUAAUUUUAAGGGAAUGAACGGAAAAGAGUCAUAUCGUUCUGGCGAGGUCACCCCUAGUACGAGCCAAGCAACUUCAGAUCAGAGGUCAGUCAAGUCUUUCGACUUUGAAAACGAAAUACGUCAGUACGUCGAACAGGAGGCGAGAGAAGAUACGAGAAGAGACAGCCCACCCUCGAUCUCCUUGUAUCCUGGGACCAGACCUGUUGUGUACGAUUAUACCAGGGAGCGGCAGAACCCACAUCCUGCUAACCUUGUAGAAUCCACUGCACACCUCGUGAAAGGCUGCAUGGGUGCUGGCAUGCUCAGCAUGCACGAGGCGUUCAUGCGUGGAGGAAUAUGGACCUCGUUCGCUUGCACGAUUGUCAUUGGCGUACUGGUGACUUAUAUCAUGUUAAUGUUGGUGCGCUCGGUUCACAAAAUGUACGCCAGGAUACGAGUGUCCCGCCUCUCUUACCCGGAUUUGGCUGAGGCUGCGGUCGCCACUGGUCCUGCUAGAGGACUUAGGAAGUUUAGCAAGGCGUUCAGGUACACUGUGGACGUGUGUUUAUUUACAGAGAUGUGUGGAACGUGUUGUAUUUUCGAGCUGAUCAUUGCUCGUACACUAAAACAGGGUUUAGAAGGAGCUAUCCCAGAAAUGAAAAACCAGAACUUCAGCAUCCGCAUAUACAUCCUGAUAAUAACCAUUCCCCUCAUCAUGCUUUGUAUGAUCAGGAGUUUGAAGUACUUGGCUCCUGUCGCGUUGGUUGCAAGCUUGUUUGUCACGUUCAUUGCCUGUGCAACAACAAUCUACAGCAUAACAUCCAUCGCGGAACUCAACAAGAGACCAGCCUGGAAGGACUAUCACGGUUUCUUCAGGUUCCUCGGCACCUGCAUCUAUAGCGUGCAAGGCGUCACGAUAACGUUACCGUUGGAGAACAACAUGAGGAGUCCGCACCACUUCGCUACUGUCUCGCAGUUUGGUAAGGAUAAGAUAACCUGGAAGAGCUACGGUUUCUUCAAGUUCCUUGGUAUCCGCAUCUAUAGCGUGAAAGGCGUCUCGAUAACGUUACCGUUGGAGAACAACAUGAGGAGUCCGCACCACUUCGCUACUGUCUCGCAGUUUGGUAUGUCGCUAGUGGUGUUGAUGGUCGCUGCCAUCGGCUUGCUUGGCUACUGGGGGUACGGUGAACAGUGCGAAACCCCCAUCACCAUACAUCUACCACUUUUCAUGUCAACAGUGGUUUUGCAGUUUAUCCUGGUCAUAAUGAUGUCGGCUAUCUUUGCUUUGCAUUGCUGGUUAUCCUUUAGAAUAAUCUGGUAUUACAUUGGAAAAAGACACAGAAGGAAACGUGAAGUCUGGGAACGCUUCUACAGAGCCUUAAAUGUAGUUCUGAUUUCAUGUGUAUCGCUGGCGUGUCCUGAUAUUAAUCUCACGAUGAGCUUUCUUGGCGCUGUGAUCUGCAGUUGGGUGUGUUUCAUUUUCCCUGCACUCAUCGACAGUCUGGUCACAUGGAGAGAUUAUCGAAGCUUAUCCUUCCUCAAUCCACCAACGGAUAGACAAAUUACGUUGGUACCAUUUACAUACAUACAUAUAACCACGCCUAAUUCCCGAAGGGGUAGGCAGAGACCACAGAUUUCCCUUGUUAACAUACCUCUUUCGCUUCCUUCACUUUCAUAACAUUCCUGAGUGUUUAGUAUGAGUUUAUACAUUUACUACUAGGUAACCGGAAGUGUC